AUGUACCUGGGGCAUUGUAAUACAGCCGUGGUGACCACAGGUGCCCAUGUUCCCACCCUCGACACGCUCUCCCUCAACGCGAACUGGAUGGUUCCGGGACCAGACAUAAUCGCGCAGUUGCGAGAAGUGAGGUUCACGCACAAGCUCAAGUUCACCGCGUGGCAUCUCCUCCAGUUCCUCCGCGCAACCACUCGCCUCGAAUCCUUCAUCAUGGAGUCCGGCAUCCGGUUCGGCGAUGAAGAAUGGGACGAAUUCGAGGGGCAGAUACCGUACGACAGCCUGGAGCCUCUCACACAGCACCGCCUUCACACGUUCGAGCUUUCAGGCGGGAUCGAAACACCCGCUCUGCUGGACAUCCUUCUCCAGUGCAUCCGCCUCCCUCGCGCGCGGACCAUCCACAUCAACUACGCAGGACUCAGCUGCGACGACCUUUACGUUCUCCCCGAAGACCUACGCGAAAUCAUCCCCUUCCUCAGCUCUGUGACCACGCUCUCCCUCACCCUCGAAGAGGAUGGGUGCGUCCUCGCCAGCCACACCCCCGACAGGCGCGCCUUCUCCAUCCGCCUCACCUACUGGGCGUACGGCUUCAACCUCGCCCCCUGUACCGCGGUGACCACCGUGGACGCCCUCGGGUCCGGCUUCACGCGCUUCGACACGGCGGCGUGGGCGGCGCUCUUCGGGCGGUUCCCGCGGCUCGCGCGGGUGUCGCUCGUGUACAUGUUUCCUGGGCGAAAGGAAAGGUACGACUACCGUGAGGGGUACGAGCCGCACGCGCUCGGGGCGCUAGAGGGGGUGCUGCGCAGACGCGCGGACGCGGGCGCGCCGCUGGAGGAGCUCACACUGCGUGCGGUGUGGGAGCAUUGUCCGGACUUCAUCGCGGAGUGGAGGGGCCGGUUUGAGAAGGCUGGGGUAGAUAGGGCGGUGGUGGUCACGAAGGAAAGGUUUGCGCGCGAAUAUUGA